AGAUCUUUACUCUGCCGCUUCAAACAGGGUCAGGGUGCCUCUAGCGCUUUACGCACGUCUCCGCUGCGCACAAACACUCACAGGAGCCCUACACCUGCUGCGCAACUCUUCUGAAACUACACGCGGGAGCCUCUUCAAGCCUACAGAGACAAGAUUGUCCCUCUUUGUUGGGGAAAAGAUGAAACUUGAAGUUUUCUCUGCACACCACUUCGCGCAGAAGCCGCUGGAGCUGUGCAUGGACGCAGACCGGGGAGUCCCGUCCCCUCUGUCCGGAGACGAGCUGGGCUCGGACGGGGACUGUGUCGCCAACAGUCCGGCACCUGUCACCCAGGGCGGCGACGGCGCCAAAGGGAAACCCUACACCCGCAGACCCAAGCCUCCGUACUCCUACAUCGCCCUCAUCGCCAUGGCCAUCCGGGAGUCCAGCAGUGGCCGCCUGACUCUGGCAGAGAUCAACGACUACCUGAUGAAGAAGUUUCCGUUCUUCCGCGGCAGCUACACCGGCUGGAGGAACUCUGUGCGCCACAACCUGUCACUGAACGACUGUUUCCUCAAAGUGCUGCGGGACCCGUCCAGGCCCUGGGGCAAGGACAACUACUGGAUGCUCAACCCACACAGCGAGUACACCUUCGCAGACGGGGUGUUCCGCCGCAGGAGGAAGCGCAUCGCCAAGAGGCCCCCCAAGGAGCAGGAGAGCCCGGACAUCCUCGGUGAGGACACCCGCCUCCCCGCCUCAGAGGAGAGGGCGGGGGCCAAGUUCUCCAGCUCCUUCGCCAUCGACAGCAUCCUCAGCACGCCGUUCAAGAGGCGGGAGGACAGCCACGCAGAGGCGGAGAGCUCCGGUCCCCGGCUGUACUGGCCCCCGGGAGCCCACGUGCUGCCUUACGCACUGAACUUUCCCGCACAGCACGCGUACAGCGGCGGCGCGGAGCGCAGCGUUGAUGCGCCUUCCUACCUCCAGCAGACAGCAGCGGGCAUGGUCGCGGCCGAGACCGCGUUCAGGGGGCCCAGCAGAGCGCGAGGCUUCCAUAUAGACUCCCUGCUGUCGUGAAACACCUGGACUGAACUUAGAUUUGCGUGUUCUACUCAUGAUGUGCACUUUUAUUUCCCUCCCUGUGGGCCCUCUUAGCUUCCAGUGCUUUAACUUUGUGGGACUCAGCCCGUCUCAUGGUGACUACUGUACGUUGACUUGCAGUGUAAAAAAACAAACAAAAACAAACAAAAAAAAAAAAAAUGUCAUUAUAGAUGUAAGUAUGCGUGUGCGCGUGUUUGUGGGCGUGCGAGUUUGUGUUCAUCCAAGGUUCACGUGUCAUUUCUACUGUAUGACGGCAGUUAACAUAAAUCUAUCAGUCUAUUUAUAUUUUCUUGUUUUGUAUGACCUGCUGUAUGCAUAUUGUUGUGUAAAUAUAAUUAAACAAAUUAUUGACUGAGCCGCGUAAAAAGUCACGUGGCCGCGCCAGAAACGCAUGGAAAAAAAUUGUUUUCCCAAGAUUGAUGGAUUGAUUGAUGCAUGCCUGGUAUUGCUAUGAAUAAAAACAACGUGAAACAAUGGCA